GAUGUACACAACCCUUCAGCAGAGCGGUGCUGGGUAGUAGACCUUCACCCAGUGGAUCUUCAGAAAUUGCAAGCAAACGCUGUUGUCAUAGAGUAUCCUGCAAUUUUCAGCAGCCAGACAGAGAACGAGGUCAAAGAUUGGAGCAAUAAAGGUCAGAAGCGAUCAACAAAAGGUCACCGGGAUUGGAAAAUCGCUGUAACUCCACGCGAGUGACGGUCGCUUGACGUGAUGGGGCGUGCAGUUAGCACGACUUAGGGUCAGCCUCCGAGUUCAACUUGUGUCAUAUAAAUCAUUGAGUGCAGGCGACUCGUAUAUACGAUGGCUACGAGAAGUCACAGUGUACCACUCUACAUCAGACAAUUUUUUCUCCUAUUCGUCAUCACUGCGACGAGCGUCGAUGGUGCCAGCAUGUGUCCAGACUUUCAGGAAACCGCAGACCUGUGUUUAGACGGGUCGGGGUCAGAUGACGGCCCAGGUGACCUCCGAGUGGAGGCCAAUGACGUCAGAGCAAUCUGUCGCCUGGAUCAGCUGAUGACGUGGUUCUCUCCCAGCGCGCACCACCAGACGAUGGCCUACAGAAUGAUACAGUCGUGUACUAAAGCUAAGGACACCACCGACAGUGAUGCAGAGUGCGAGAAGGUUGACAUAAAUGACAUCGUCACUGAGCUAGUGUCCCUACUUCCGGUAACCUCUGUGACGUCAAACAUGACCUAUUACAACAGUUACUGUUUUUGGUGCUCGUCUGACCCGGGGCCAGGGCUCAUCUGGUCUCUGAACAUCAGCUGCUCUCAGUGGCUGGCGCUGCAGUCUUCCAGAUCGGAACAAGACUUGAUCGUCACUGCGAUGAAAUCUCCAUUUUGCUGGAUACGUCUUCAGCCACCACCAGGAGUGUUCCCAGAAACCUGCAUAAAACGUGGACUGACAUCAACACAGCCCUCAACAGCUUCGGACAUCAGCAUACAGUCAGAUAACAGCACACAAAAUGACAGCCAGGACCAGAGUGCAGCGCCAUCUGCUCUGUCCAUCCUGCUCAACUUUAGGGACAAAGGUGCUUAUGAGGCUACAGGACAGCUAGCAGUGGAGGUCAAAGAGCGGAAGGACACGUCUAUCAAAGGUCGCCUGUCUGCUCUAAUGACGAGUUUCACGAAACAAUUACGAAUCGGUGCAUACGGCUGAAGUGCACUUUCGGCAAAAGACUCCGCAAUCAGCGAUGCCAGCCAUUCGUUCAGCGAGCCAAGGGGCUCGCCUAUCAAGUCGCUCUUUCUAUCGACGUGUUUGUCACGAGGCCAAACGAUGAGAACCGUUAUCUAAAUUUACCUCUGACGUCACAGGCGACUCUGGAAGAAGUUGUGGACGUUACUCUUCGCGACAGGUUAUCUCUCCUGCACUCCGAGGCCUACGUCUUCACAGGUGUGGUUGUUGAAGACUUCGGCGGAUACGCACCGUCGGCAGCUGAUGUUUUGAUUGACAAGGAGGAGGACGAUGUUUGCACGCCCUGGAGGACAGGAUCGAGAAGAAAGCUGCAAGUAUCACCCGUAGCUUCGCAAGACUUUCUAGCCAGGGAGAAGACGACGAGAAUAACACUUCAUUCUGGGGUCGAGUGGAACUUCGGGUAAAUUUUAUCGUCACGUCGGAGGCAGAGGUCGAGGAGGUGGAGCUGGCGGCCCUGGGCCUGGCCCAGAACGAUCUUUACGUCAAGUGCAACGAAAGUUACCUGCGCAUCUCACCCAAAAUUUCGAAGAAGCGCGCAGACUUCGCACACUCAGGAACAGCUACUGUGGAGAGCAGGUCGUUUCGGACUGUUGCUCAGCAUCCAGACUACGUCACUCUCCUUGACCUGCAAGACCGUGUCGACACGGUCGUCUCCCCUUUCCUCUUUUGUCCCUACCUGACAUUCUCGACAGGUGAUUUCCAGAUAAACGCGACGCCCAAGACACGGCGCAGGUGCCGAUGCUGAACCUAACUGUGAGCCUGAUGGAGGAAGGUGUGGAGGUGGACGGCUUCGGCAAGUUGCGGAUAUGCAGGGACACUUUUGUGGAAAUCCUCGCAGCCAGCAACAGCGACAGAAGCUAUGUCCCGCACUUUGUCAAGGAUAGACGAGUGCCGCUGGUUCACAACCUGCAGAACUACAUCUCGUUGGUCUGCGUGUCGGUCUCGUUGUUGGCCUUGUUUAUCACGUUCACUACCUUGACCCUGAGGCCGGACAUGCGCAGUCUGCAAGGUCACAACGCCUUAGCCUUGUGUGCCAGCCUCUUUCUGGCUCAAAGCCUGCUGCAGUUCGGCGCACGCCGCACGGAACAUCCUGGCACCUGCGUGGCGCUGGGCAUGGCCGUGCACUACUUCUGGCUCGCCACCGCCCUGUGGACGACUAUUUGCUCUUUCCACUUGCAUCACGUGGUCGCGGAACAUUCCCGAGGCUCGACUAGGAAGGAUUGCUGCAGCAGAAGAUUCCUCGGCUACAGCCUCUUCGCCCAGGGAGUUCCUGCGGUCGUGGUGUCCGGAACGGCAGCGGCGUCAAUCUUGCUGUCGGACGGGCGUCAGGUGGGUUAUGGGGGCGCCACCUGCUUCUUGUCCACGUCAGCUUCAGGGGCCAUCACGCUUGCGUUUCCGGUCGGAGUUGUCAUUCUUUUCAACGUGGCGCUCUUUGUUUGCACUGCUCGUUGCGAAGCAAGAUCGGCAAGCCUCGAAGGUGCAAAUCAUCCCUGCAUUGUAGGUGAGAGAAAGAAACAGAAGCAGAAGACAGUACCAUGGCGCCCGAGCAUGAAUCUAUGUUUGUGGCUGUCUCUGCUGACUGGACUUACCUGGAUUCUAGAGCUACUGGCGCAGGGUCUUGGCUCACAAGGGUUGUACCUCCUGUCCUCCAUGGUCAACGGUUCGCAAGGCGUCCUCGUGGCAUUAUCUUACCUUGUCACUCGCCAGAUGGCGCGGCUUUACUCCCAGGCCUUCUGCUCUCGCUUGGCAGGGUUCAUCACCAGAUCCAUCCUGAGAACCCCCAGUGAAACCGGUGGCACAGUGUGCACAGUUUCCUCUGCUGAUGGUCCCUGCUACAUAGUGUGCACCCCCUAUUUGAUGCAGAGACAUGAUGAGCAGGGUUUAAUCUAAAUUUGUUUUUCUAUUUUUUCUACAAUUAUGAGUUUAGAAAAGAUUUUUUUUCUUUUUAUAGUCGGGGUGGUGGUAGAGGACGGCGUUUGUGGGGCUGAGGGGAGCUGAAUUUCAUAAGUUAUUUGUGCUCGGCCAGUAAACACUUCAUUAUA